GAGACGCGUUAAGGUUAAAAUAUUUUAAGGCCGACGACCCUGCUUAUUAUCCCGUUUUACUUAGUGAGUUAAAAGUUAAUUUUGCUCAGUGGAAAAGCGAGCGAAAAAUUGACCCAAGCAAUUGUCCUGAGCAGUUAAGGCAAAUUUUAUUUGAAAUUGAUGAAGUAUUGGAAGGCAAUUGA